UGCCGAGAAACUGUACCACCUCAGGGGAUUACAUUAAACUACGUGUAAUAAAAAGGUGAUGAAGAGAAGUUUACAAUUGGUUCCUUGAAUGUGCGGCUGGUGUUUAAAUGUAAUUAUAGCCAAAAAUGACACCUGUUGGCUGAGCCUACGUUUCGGAUACUUCCAAAACUAUCAAUACUUAACCUCGAGUAUAGUAACACAUGCAAUAAACACCGCGUGAAAAUGAUUCUAUUCAGAUUCGUUUGUUGUAUCGCCGCCUUCGUUGUGAUCGACCAAACCGGAGCAGACUUUGCUACAAGGGAGCGGAUUCGGAUUCAUCGAGAAUGGUUAGAAAGACGAGCUGCGAAACGAUUGAAUGCCAGCGGGAUAGCCUUGACGACCCCCAGAACGGCCUAUAUGAGGAAACUAAUCAAAUUCAAGAACGAAAACGAACCGCUGUCAGAGAACGAUGUUUCUUUCGUUCCUCAUUUUGAGAUGGGCGGCGGUAAUGGUGCAGUCGGUAUCGAUAAUGGUGCAGAUGUUGGUUAUCCUCCGCGACCGGAAAAAGAGCUUUUGACUGGUGAUGCCGAACGCUAUAGGUAUGAGAUCGUCAGCGAGCAUGAAGCUGCACCAACGGAAGCCAGUUCGAAGGAAAAGUCACGCGCGAGUUCGCAGAGUGCGAGCGAACCGACAAACCCGUUAGUUUAUGUGAUUCAACCUGCUGUUGAAAUACCAACUGAGAAUCUGGAUCGGCAUCACACUGCCUAUGAAGUUACCAAGUCGAUCGGAGCUGCCACCCAAAAGACGGAAAUGACCGAACGAAUUGAUGCUACAGUUAAAGCGAGUCACAACGCAAACCAGAAUCCGAAUGUCGAGAACGAGCCUGUCGCUGAGGCGGAUGAUUCUACUUCCGGUUAUAAAUUUAAAACAACCACCGACAGGGGUCAUUCUGAGACAACAAGUUUAGAAUCAUCUUCGGAGCAUAACCACAGCACGAAUGGGCAGCAUAGCUUAGAUCAUUCAGCAAGUACACUGGACCACCGCGAUCCUUUGUCAACGUCUUCAGUAGACGUGAUAACAGUCAGGCAUCUGUUUGGACCGUGGAGCAACUGGACACCAUGCUCGAGAUCUUGUGGAGGAGGUGUGAAGAUGCAGUAUCGAGCAUGCCUGAAGAGAGAAUAUAUCAAUGGUAAAAAGAGCACAAAACCGGCAGUUGAAAGCUAUGAGUGCAUUGGAAUCAUUAAACGAUAUCAUCUGUGUAACGAACAGGAUUGCCCAGCUAGUGACGGUGACUUCCGGGAUCAACAGUGUACUAGUUUUAAUAAUCAGUCGUUUGAAGGAAAACGUUACAUCUGGGAAGCAUUCGUGAAAGAGGACGCCGAGUGUGAGCUGAAUUGCAAACCGAUUGGAAUGCGUUAUUUUGCAACUUUGAAUAAAACAGUCAUAGAUGGAACAUCCUGCAUAAAACCAACGGACUAUUUUCGACGCAGCAAUGGAAGAAGAGGCAUCUGUGUGGAAGGAGUUUGCAAGGCCGUACACAACAGUGGCGUCAUAUCGGGCACUUUCAUGAACAAUGGAGCCGUCCGGUGUGGAUCCACUGUGUGUAGAACGAUUCACGGUAUCUACACGAAGACCAACCCCGACAAUGGGUAUGUACAAGUGGCCACCAUACCAGCAGGAGCAUCGAACGUUACGAUAACAGAGCUGCAGAACAGUCAAAACUAUCUAGCACUGAAAGCGAACGAUCAGCAGUUUUUCAUCAACGGAGACUACACGAUUUCACUGAGUGGACAGUACACAGCUGCAGGCACCGUGUUCGAUUAUCAUCGGCUCGAUGGGCUCAGUAACGGUUCCAAGAGUAGUCUCCGUAAUGUGGAAGGCAUCACGGAGUGGGUGACCGCUGUUGGGCCAACGAGUGAACCGGUUCAGGUGUUUCUGCUCUCCCAGUACACAAACCCGGGUGUUAAGUAUGAGUAUCUGCUACCGGUCAGUGCUAAUCCGCCAGAGCCUUCGUCAUCGGUGGAAGACCCCGUCCCGGAAGUCGGGAAUGAAAUCUCAGAGAAGGCCAACGUGCGUGUUCCAAAGCAACGGCUUGUAGUAACUCAAAACAACAACGGUAGUACGACCGCUAGAGGUCCACGCAAGCGGAAAUAUCUUUGGAAGGUAAUAGGAUUCAGCGCCUGCAGUAAGUCCUGCGGUGGUGGGGUCCAGCAGCCCAUCAUCAAAUGUGUCCGCGAGUCUCCAACGCGAGUCUUCUUCGCCAAACGUUGUGCUCAUCUGCAGCAACCGAUAUUGAACGAAAAUCUGAUGCGCUGCAACACUCAACCGUGUCCAGCAUAUUGGAAGCUUGGUGAAUGGGAUCAAUGCAACUGUGAGGAGAAAUACGAUGAGGUUGUGCUCAGGACACGUGAGGUCAAGUGUGUCCAAGAACUAUUAUCUGGCAUCGUGAUCCAAGUUAACAGUGGUGCCUGCAUGGACGAUGUACCCUCAAGCACGGAAAGCUGUGAAUGUUCACGCGUUAUCAAAUCAACGACCACGCCAGCACCUCAGGUAGAACCUCCACGAUAUAAACCUACAGCCGGAAGCAAUCAACAUCAUCGAGGACAUCGUGGACACCAACAGCAUAGCCUGCACCACGCUACAGAGAGAAGCGAUAGUAACGCCGUGGUUAGUACACAGAAUGACGGCAGCAGCUCACCGGCCACGGUCAUCAGUAGAGAUCAUGGUCGUCAGCGGCAGGACAUGAGCCACAUUCAUCAUCGAGCGGAAUCAAAGAAAACAGGCGUUUGGUUGACGGCCAACUGGAGCACACGAUGCUCUACGACCUGUGGUGUUGGAUUGCAAACCCGCUCGAUCUUCUGUGAUCGUAGCUCCUCGCACAACUCGGAACGUUGUGACCUCCGUCUAAUGCCGGAAACAUCUCGAGAGUGCACCAGCGAUCGGGCAUGCGAGUUUGGUGAAUGGUUUACGGGACCCUGGACUCUUUGUUCUGGCGAUUGCUUCAACUUAACCCGCUCCCGGUCGGUACUGUGUAUACGCAAUGAGCACAUUGCGCAAGUUAGCGAAUGCGAUCACACGACACGACCCAUAUCGAACGAACCAUGUGACUCCGAGGCGUUCGAUGAAUGUAAACCUCGGUGGCACUAUUCGGAAUGGACAGAGUGUACCAAACCAUGCGGCGGAGGCAAUCAGAGGCGAGUCGUAAAAUGCCUUGAGUUCAAUUUGCGAGCAGGAGUGCUACAAGAAUCGGUGAGCUGCCGUUAUGCUGAUCGACCUACGGCCUAUCGGGUGUGCAACGAGGACAGUUGUCCGUCGACGAAGGUUACUUCGGCGCCAACAGCUACUAGCUCUUCGACAUCAUCUCAACCGAACAUGGAUUCGGAUGAUUAUAGCGUCGAUUUGAUGCUGAACGAUGAAGAAUGUCGCGAUGAGUUCCCGAAUUGCUCUGUCGUUGUGAAAGCAAAGCUUUGUGGCUACGAUUACUAUAAACAGAAAUGCUGCGUGACAUGCCGGCAUCAGAGGAACUAACUUUAAAGGAUCACUCAACAUAUGACAUCCAACUAAUGGCCAAUUGGAAAAAUCUUCUUUUAUCAAAGAAGAGCCAAAUCAAAUCUUUUGACUGAACACAUCUCACAUCCUUGUAUCAUCCGAUCAAUAAAUUUGAAGAGUAAAAUCAAAAUUCUCUGAUAGAAUAUCGUUUAGUAUGGGGUACCUGCACUUAACCCGCGAUGGGAACCGAAUGGAGUAAUCGUAGAAGAACAUAAGCGUACAUGUAUCACCAGGUCACCGUGUGUUUGGUUCUCGUUUGGCAGCUCUACGCACUUUCCCCGACAGCGAUGAUGUUAGCCUAGUGCCGACGUCGUUACUGGAUUCUAGAUCAAUGCGCAUGUUUGAAGUAUGUAAAGCCAGAAAAUGAUCUGGACAGAGGUUAAACAUAUAAUUGAGAUAAUUUGUAAAAACCGAAAAAAUCGAGAAAAUCAAUAAAACACAUUAAAAUUCUUAU